CAAUAAACAUUUUUGUUUUAAAUAUUUAUACUUGAGACACGUUAUAAAUAUCUGUUACAGCAUCUGCUCUCGAUUAUCAAAACGAACAGGGCCCCGAGUAUGGAGAAGAAUGGAUUUAUUUUUACGAUGACAAUGGAAACACACAUACGAUGAAUUUCUCUAUUCUACCACAGGAAACACGGGGAAUAAUGUUUGGAGAUGCUUACUAUUUUUUAUAUACAAGACGUAACACGGAAGCGGAGCAGUUAAACGUUCCUGAUGGCAAUGAAACAUUUACAAGCAAAUACUUUAACUCGUCCAACGAAAUAAAAGUUGUGACACACGGAUGGAUGUCUGCAGAAAACGUGGAUUGGCUACAGAAUAUCAAAGAUGAAUUCUUAAACAAAUCCGAUUUUAAUGUUAUUACCAUAGAUUGGAGCGAAUUGUCUAAAAAUCCAAUAUAUCCGUGGUCUGCGUUUAGCACCAGAUAUGUUGGUAAAAAAACCGCUAAACUAUUAGACGCUAUUGCAAAUAGUUAUGGUGUAGAUGGCAGGUCCAUGCAUUUGAUAGGACAUAGUUUAGGUUCUCAUGUUAUGGGUUAUACAGGUUUAUUUUCAAAUCAAACGAUAAAUAGAAUCACUGGUCUGGAUCCUGCUCGACCUCUCUUUGAGCUUCCAUUAAUGCCACCAAAUUGUCGUCUAGAUAAAAGCGACGCAGAAUUUGUAGACAUUAUUCAUACCUGUGCUGGAAUUUAUGGGUACGCAAAAAGCCACGGGCAUGCUGAUUUCUAUGCAAACAGUGGCCGGCCAAAACAACCUGGUUGUGAGGGGAUACAACCGGUUUUAGAGGGUUGCAGCCAUGGACGUUCAAAUCUAUUCUUCGGAGAAUCGAUAGACUCAAAAAUUCCUUUUACUUCUUAUCCAUGUGAAAGCUGGGACAAGUUUGAAAAUGGCGAAUGCAGAGUAAACCCUACAAAUAUGGGAUACCCUGUUUCAACAGAUAGUAGAGGAGACUAUUAUCUUCAUACAAAUAGUGAACCGGAAUUUGCAAGAGGUGAAGAGUUCUAGCACAUAAAUUCUGAGAUAUAUUUAUUGACAUACUUAUAUAUGUUUAUAUUAUGUAAGUACAAUAAAUAUGUUUGUAGUUGUACUAUAGUUUUACCAUAAACAAUUAAAAACUCCUUCUUGUAUCAGCUUUCCUAGUACAAUAUUUUCUUGGCACUCAAACUGCUAUAUUUGUCAAAGAACUAAAAACUCCCAGUAUUAUAAUUGAAAUCAGUUAUGGGCUCUUGACAUUUUUGGUACUGGUUGUAACUUACAGCAGUGAAAAAAUUUAUGUGGCAGUUUUGUACAACAUGCGUAAAAACUACACCGUUUAAUGGUGAUAUUGGAAAGGUAUAAUAAUAGUACAUUCCUAUUACAAAACCACGAA